AUGAAAAAUUAUCUAUUAGCAGAACUGCAAAUGCACAAUCAGUCAGCACAACCAAAAAAAUGUUCGUAUCUUUUAAAAUUGCAUGAUGUCUCGUCGGGAAUAUUCGUGCUUCAUAUUGCGACUCAGCAGGUAAUUCCGCCAUCAACCUCAUUUACAAGUAUUUGUGUGGCAGGUCAUUCCGCUACGCUUGUGAGGGCUAGGUCUAUGUUAAGAACAGGUCAUUCCGUUCCUGAUCUAACAACUUCCAUCGGCGCGGACGGUAACUCAAACAAAAUCGUUCACAGACUCGGCAGUCCAAGGUCUACAUAUGUCGAAAAACUUUCGGAAGAUAAAUAUCGAAGGCAUAUUACCGAAACAAAUUCGAUAGAUUUAAUCACCAAUGACAAAGAAUUUUCGAUACCUGCUAAAUAUUUAGAGUUAUUGGAGGUUGAUAUUUUUCAUGUUAGAGAUCCUUUAGAUCCACUCUCUUCGGAAUUAUGGGAAAGGUUCGGACAGUGGGCAG